GUGACGUCAGUGAUGUGUGUCCCAGCAGGACGGUGAUGUUGGCUGCUCCUAACACCACCUCAUUACACUUUCACAUUUCUUCCUAAAUCCCUGGUGAAGCGUUGAGUGAGCGUGGGGAGGAGACAACCCAGUCUGGUUGAGCACAGUCCCUGAAGAGGAUGACUUAAUAGCACCCGUGGAGUUAAUUUUAACUAAGGGCGGCUUGCAGACGCUGGCUUAACCCACAACUGGUUAUUUUGGUCUCAGUUGGUCCCUGAGAGUUACUGAAGACAGUCUCUGCUCACCACCACCAUGGACGACGUCAUGGAAGACGAGAUAAUGUGCGAACUGUUCACCGCCCACGCCCACAUCACCCUGCGCUACCUUAGGGUCACCACCUCCAGGAUCGUGGAGUUCCUGGUGCCUGGCCCUGGCGAGACACUCAAGACCAAGAUCUUCCAGCCUGGGCCCUUCAUGUUCCUCAUGUUCCUGGUGAUAGUGGCUAGUGUGGUCCUGCAGAGCAGCAGCCACUUGAUGCGACACUGGCUGGUCAAAGCCCAGUAUGUGCUGGGACUCAACUCUGUCGCCAUUACCACUUUUAAGACCAUUGGCGGCCUGGAUCUGGUGUCUGGUUCUCUGGGGAGUGAUAAUGUGACCUGGGAAUUAAAAGAUGGGAUUGUGGGGCUGUAUGGCAUGCAGGGCCGCCGGGGAAAUAUGGAAGAUCGGUACUGCAUAAUUCAAGACGUGGAUGUCGGGGAUAAGAAAAUGUCCUUCUUUGGAGUAUUCGAUGGCCAUGGAGGUCAGUACACUGCUGAAUAUGUCAAGGACAACCUCUUCCGUAACACUAUAGAGAAGAUUAAACAACUUCGAAGUCAAAUAUCAUCAAAUGAUCAAGAAAGAAAAUUUGAAAACGGCAAUAACAAUAAUGUGGUACGAAACAAUAGCAAGAACAGUGGUGGUGGUGGUGGGUGCACUGUCACUGCAAGUGGAAAAAAGUCAGAAAAGUAUAGAUCAGUUACCCAAGAUAAAACUCAAAUGAAUGGAGCCAAUAAAGAAAAACAAAAUAUGGUAAGUGAUGAAAAGAUUCAAAACAAGGAUUUGCAAAGUAGCAGCAGUUUCGGCAAAACUAGUGAAUCUGAUUAUCAUCAGGAAAAAUCAGACAAGGAAAAAGAGGUUCUAGAGAAAUGCAUUGUAGAGUCAAGUCAGAGUGAAAAUUCGAAAUCUGACAAGGAAGAUUCCAAAGAUAUUUCACAGAAAGGAAGUGGCCUUGAAAAUAUCACUCAAUGUAGUAGCCACAGUUCACCCGAUUCUGAUGUGCCAAUGAAAAAAGAUGACACCUACACCAAUAUUAAUCUUGUGAAACGCAACUCAAUCACCAAUAGUGGUGGUGCAAAUACAGGUAUUAGCAAAGAGAAGAAAGAAGAAACUACAGGUACCUUUGAUUCUGUGUAUAUAGACACUUACAAAAACAUCAACUACACUCGCCUGCUGACUGACCAGAUCAUUGCUGUUGAUAAGCAGGUGGUGGAAAAAUGCAAGAGCAGAACAGACAUGUCAGGAACUACAGCCGUGAUCGCCGUCUUAGAUGGAGAACUGUUGAUCGGCAAUGUAGGAGACUCGAGAGCUGUCAUGGGCGACCUCAAGGGAUCAACUAUUCCACUUUCAUUUGAUCAUAAGCCAAAUCAACUAAAAGAGCGUCGGAGGAUUAAGGAAGCUGGUGGUUUUAUCACGUUCACAGGGGUUUGGCGAGUUGCAGGAAUUCUCGCUACCUCACGAGCACUUGGGGACUUUCCCCUCAAAGAGCCUCGAAAAUUAAUUACAGCUGAGCCUGAUGUUCUGACGUUCAGUCUGCGGGACCAUAAGGCACAUUUUGUUAUCUUAGCCACAGAUGGACUCUGGGAUGUGUUAACAAAUGAGGAAGCAGUAGCAUACAUCCGUGAUCAUAUUCAUGAACCUGAUUAUGGAGCCAAGUCCCUAACACUUCAUGCUUAUUAUCGUGGGUCACAGGAUAACAUAACUGUAGCAAUUCUCAAUAUUGACAAGUUGUGUCUGUAACAUUUUACAUGUACACAAUGCAUAAACCUUUUGUUUAUCAGGGAACUUGAAAAGGACUUGAGUUUGUCAGUGCAAGGAACCCUCUUCUCAUGAAGUAUAGCAAUACAAGUAAUGCACCUUAAUGUUACCAGGUGAAUUAUUAUACAGUAUUGUUUAUGAUAACCAUUAGAAAGUAUUCGUAGAAAUCUUUAAAUUUUCCUUCCUUAAACUGGAUUUAAGGAUUCAGUGAUAUUAGGAUAUGAAUAUAAUGUUAGUUAAAUUUGGUUUGGGAAAAUUCCUUAUGGUGACAGACUCUUAUUAAUUUAAGUCUUUUACAAAUAUAAAUUUAUAAAGAUUCAGAUUCACUUCUGUCAUAAUCAUGCACAUCCAAACCUCACUGGCAUUGUAUAUAAACACCCAUUUUACCAUUACAUCUUCUAGUGGUAUUGCCAAAACAAAUGUGAGAUGUUCAGACUCCAAAUAUUAUGAUAAAUAAAUUGUAGAAUAAUUCUUGGUCACUUGGUGAGCAGCUCAUGGUGAUCAUGCAUUGAGAUUUGUGUUCUUAGUGAUUAGUUACACUAGUCAUAAUGUUUAUUUGUUUAGCUUAUACAGCCUGAGGAUAUAAGCAUGAUAAAUGUAUUAAAACUAUGUAAAUAUUGAAUGACAUGAAAAUUCAGUACCAUAUACUGUACUGUAAUCUCCCAAUAUUCAUGAGGGAUACAUUCCUCGGGAAGCUUGUAGUUACCUAAUUUAUAUUAAAAUGAGAAUAAGGAAAAAAAAAAAGUGUUUCAGACCUAUGUAACCCCUGUAUCCAUUGUAGUACAUUACAGUAGUAAUCUAACCUUGCACUAUUAUGGAUCUGUUGUAGUACAAAAUGGGUCAUUAACAGAAAUGUAAAUUAUCACUUCAAAGCAUGUAUUUAUACUUAAGAAAAGUAAAUGUUAAAGUUGAGGAAGGAAGGUUACUUGUUCUCCCAAAUUAAUUUAUAUUUAUCUUGUUAUAAAGGCUUACUUAAUUUAAGUGUAUCAAGCCAAUUAUUUUUUAUUUUGAAAUCUUAAUAUACAGGCAUUUAAAAAACUAAAUGAAAAUGAGAGAGGGAGGGAGGGAAGAGGGGGGGAUAAUAGUGUAGUACUUGCUCACCCAAAUUACGCAGUGUAUUUCACUUAUUCAUCUUUUGAAUGUUAAGUGUGUGUUGCAUGACUUCUUAGCUUCCUACUCCUUUCCCUAUUGUUUCCUCUCUGUUUUUCUGCCACAGUUGAAAGUAAGACUGCAAUGACAGUAAAGAUGGCAAAAAGCACAUCUAGUAAGAUUUUGUACUUUUGCAUUACUGUAGUACACAGAAAUAAAUAAAUUACUAUAACACAGGGUGGCAUGUUGACACAUGACAAAUGUAUCUUACUGAUCCAUUAUAGUAGCAGUACUUGUUUCUUAAUAUACAAUAAUAAUAAUAUAUCUGUGGCUAAGCAUGCAUCAUGUCUGCAUGUAUAGCCUCGUUUAUCAUCUCCAAGCUAGUCUAGCUUGCAGAAGAUAAGUGAGGAUAUACAUGUUUCACAGUCUGCUGAUGCAUUUAUGGAUAUAAAACUAUGAAUAAUGGAAGGUUACAGAAGAAGGUUUUCAAUUAUCAUGAUGUUACUUAAGUGUACAAGUCAAAGUUUUGAAUUGGCAAUAAUAUACUAAGUUAUAAUACUAUUAUGCACCGUGACCAAAGAUGUGGUGGUACUCUUCAUUUCCCAAAAUAAUAAUAUUAGAAAACUAUUAUAUCUUAAGUUUUACUUUAUUUUUUUAAUUUUGGAUAUUAUGGAUCUCUAUAUAAAACAUAUUAAAUCAGAAGCAAAAUCUGUCCAAGUAACUAUUUGUGGUAGAAGUUCCGUCCUCUAGGCUUGUAUUCAGAGCAGGUGAGAAAUGUCAACAUUUCUGAUUAGUGUACCUGGCAAACUGUUUUAGUUUCCUGAGAUGUUUAGGCUCAGAAAGGUGCCAAGACUCAGCAAACUUCUUAUAAUGCUUAGCAUGUUAAUGUCAUGCAUUAGAUCUCAUUGCAUCUUUAAAGUGUCCCAACUGACAAUUGUGAGAAUUGAUAUGGCACUUAAUUUACUCAUGCUUAGAUGUAUCAAGGUGAAAUAUUACCUAUUAGUUAAAGUUUGUUUAUGAAGAUAUAAAGGCUGUGUGUGUAAAUGUGAGUGUUCAUGGGUUAUUGUUAUAAAAAGCUUGAAUAGAGUUGCUUUUCAUGAUGGCCAUCCCUUGUCAAGUUUAUCCAUAUCCAAAAGGGUAGGGGGAUGGGUGUAUGUCUUUUGUGCAAAUGUCAUUCAAAAACAUUAAUUUUCAUAAGUUUCUCUUCCCUGAAAAGCUAUUUCUAGAUUUUAGUGUUUGCAGAAACUUGCUGGUCGGUAUUAUUACAUUCAGAAUGAAGCACUAAACCAUUAGGGGUCAUUCAGCAUUAUCUCUGUUAAAUAAAAGAUUCAGUUUGUUUUGAUAAGAUUCUCCGAUUUAAAUCAUUUUUAUAUACAUUGACUAUAGCUCGAUUGUAUAUUUCAGAUUAUAAACAGUACUAAAAUCUAAUAAAAGAAAUCUUCAUUAAAGUUAAUGCUUGAGAUUCUUUUCAGUAUGUCAAUAAUCCUUUGAAUAUUUAAUGUAAACUAUGCACAUGAAUCAGGUAUAUAUAUUAAUUUUUUUUCUUUUAAAUUAUAUCUAUUCUUAUUAAGUUUUUUCAAAUUUUUUCAACAUGUGAUUAUUAAAUGUCUCCAGGGAGUGUUGUCCAAACUUGGUUAUAUCAAUGAAUGACAAGUCUGCAUGAAGUAAUGUUUAAACUAGUUAUGCAAGUUAGAAACACAUUUUCAUUGUGUAAUACAUUUCCAGUGAUAUAGGUCUUCAUGUACAUACUUUACGAGCCAGUCUUGGAACACCAUCACUGUACUCUAGAUUUGGCACACUAAUUGAGAACCAAGGUUCAUGUGAUGCAUAUUAUAAAGUAUAUUUAAUAUGCAGGGAACUGUUGAUAGCAGUAGCCUCUUAAAUGUUUCAUACUAUAUAGUACAUGCUUUUUAGCAUGGGAAAUUGUGUGAUUAUUAACCCAAAUGUGCAGUUUUCAGUAAAUUGACUAUAUAUAAUUGGCAACAUACCUUUUCAUUAUGAAUAAUGCUGUCAAUCAAAUUCACCUACUUCCAGAGUUGAAGCAAUGCUGUUUAGAUGAUGAAGUGCAUUUCUUUUAUUCUGUUGUCCUUUACAAAACUUUUUAUUUGGAGGAACUGGGUAAAUGGUUAUGAAGAUAAUUGGCAACCAGAUGUAGUUAUUUUUUUUUUUAUCAGUUUUACCUUUAUUGAAGACUUGGUGUAUGAGAGGCAGGAGUGCUUGGAGGCAGGACAAGAUAGUCCUUCAAUAUGACACAAAUAUCAACUCUAUGGCUUAUUUAUCUAGCACAAUUCAUCUAGUAUGACAUAAUCAACAAUAUUAAUAACAGAUAAACAUGAUAUAUACUCUAGAAUGAAUAAAGUAUGUCAUGUGUCUCUCCCCCUAACCGACGAGUGUUGCUGUGUUUGUUGUUGGGUGUAUAAGGGCCACUGCAAGAUAAGCCUUACAUAGUGGUGGUGAUGGUUCAGCAGAGACGGAAGUGUUGUCAGUCACCCUAUAUAGCUCCAACAACAUUGGAGGAGUCAGGUUCAUGCUGUCCUUUUUCUAUCAAUUAAUUGCUUAACUUACUUGCUACACUGUUAAUGCUACACUUUGUCGCUGGCUGGCGCUAUAGCCUUUAUCAACUCGUGCUGCUUUAGUAUCAUACAUAUCGUAGAAUCACUGAAGAAGGCACAUUCUCCCCUCUCUCUUCCUCCUCCACUCUGGUAAAGAAAGUGCGAAACAUGAUAGAAUUGAAAGAAAUUGUAGCAAAGUACCAAAGGGCUGCCACUAUGAAGUUUCUUUGGGCCCAUGGUGGCUUAUUUCACAGUCACAAUCAAUAAACAAGUACUAAAGAAUGAAUUUAUUGUGAAAUGUUUGGAUGAGCACACAGGUAAUGUUCACUCGAGGAUAAACAAAGCUAGACUGGCUCACGAUGCCUGCACGGGCAAGCGGACAGGCCUGGUACACCAGCCAAAACACGGGGCACAGGCCGAAACUCGGGACAAAAUUUAGCCGAAAAAAGAGGUUGAAACUCAAAGCAGCCAAUACUCAGGGCGGCCAAAACUCUGGGUUCCACUGUAUUUCCCUGUACCUGGAUUAUUACAUUCACAGGAAAGUGUUAAACCCAUGGGGGUUUUAUAGUGCCUAUUUUUUUUUUCAUAUAGGCACUAAUCCCAAAUCAGUCAGUAUAUGUCCAGAUGACUUCUUUAUUCCCUGGUAAAGACCCCUUAGGGGUAGUUCCUUGAUAUCAGUGAAGGGAUUUUUAUUCAAGAAACUGGACCUGCACUUUUAAGAUCAAGUCUAAUUCUUUCAUCCCAGGUGCUGUAUGACCCAUAUGAGUUAAGUACUCCUCCAUGUUAUAAUACAUAAUGAAAAUGUGUGGAAAUCCCAUGAUAAAAACAGUAUUUAAAAAUUACAGUACUGAUAUAUAUAUGAACUGGGAUACAAUGGAAAUUUCAUAUGGUGGCUACAUUAUCAGGGUUCAGGGCUUUCUUGUGUUGUAUGACCCCCAGUAGGUUUAGUGUUAGGUUUUGAUUAUAAUAAUAAUGUGAGUGUGAAGUGAAUAAUACACAUGUUCUUUAAAAAUCUGGAAUUGUCAUAGGCCCAUAGUAUUGAUUUCAUAAUAGCAUCAUGGCUUCUAAAAAUUUUAAACAUUUAAUGAACAAAGCAUAAUAAAGUAUUUUAUGUAGACUAAAUGAAAGCGAAAUAAAGUUAAAUGACUGGUGUUGAAUGACUCAAAAAAUAAUUUGCAGAAGGUUCACAUAGUGAAAUAUACCUAGCCAGUUUCAAUUUUAUACUCAAAAUUCUUUAAUACUUUUUUGCAUGUGUAAUUGUGUAUAAUAUUCACAAAGCAAAAAUUAAAGAUGAAAGUGGAUGACAUUUUGGUCCAUCCUGGACCACUAUUGAAUCAAUCUAAUAUUAUAUUUUGAAAAAAGUGCCUGAGGAAUGGGAGACAAGUUCGAUACGAGGAAGUCUGAUUCUUUGGAUUGAGUGCCUCUCACCAGGAGGAGCCUCCCUUGAAGGAUCAGGAUAGAUUGGGUUGGUUGUGAAUUGCUCCUGCCAUGGUAUUGAGAAUUUCAUUCUUCAUCCCAUACUAUGUAAAUGUGCUUUUAUCAAUAUACAUUGAGCAUUGAUAAGACUUAAGAGAAGUGUGAGAGCAAUAAGAGAGGGGGCAAGUGAAAAUAACUGCCAAAGUAAUCUUGCCUAUCCCUUACAUUUCAUUCACAAAAAUUGAAAAUGCAGUACUUGUGUUUAUUUCAUUUUAAAGUCCCUUUAAUUAUAAAUAUGCUGUAUACAAAAAUGCUAAGAGGUAUACAAGGCAUUAUGUAUUCAUUUUAUUGUAUAGAAUGAAAAAAAAUUGUAUUUUCUGUACUAUAUCUGCCACCAGUUUGUUGGCUCACACUUCCAUUCCUGUAUUCUCUUGCACAUAAUUUAGUUGCAAGUCAUUGUUGCUUUUAGUGCAAUGACACACUUUCAUGGCAUCAUUCCUAGGUGUAGAUAUUUUGUUUUUUCGAUUAAUCAUGAUGAUAUAGUUAUUGUAGGAUAUUUAAUUUCUUAUUUUUUUCACCUGUUUCAUGUAAAAGUAUACAAUCUGUAUUAAAAUAUUAUAGUGAA